AUGGCGACUCCGAGACGACUGAUUUUCCCUUCCGAUGGUGAGGGUGAGGAUGGUGAUGGUGAUAUCUCUGUCUCGGACAUUGCGAAGCAUUACUCAAUGCUUGCAGAAGCCGAAGAAGAAGAAACAGAGAAGACGAAGAAGACGAAGAAGAAGAAGAAGAGCAAUUUCAUCUGGAGCGAACAAGACGAAAUCAUUAUCUUAAAGGGUUUAAGAGAUUACGGAUAUAAAAGUCCAGACUUUGAUUGGGAGAGGUUUUUCAGUUACGCUCAGCGUGCUCUUAAGGCAAAUGUCUCCGAGAAGGAGAUGGUUAGGAAAAUCAGAAAGCUUCAAAGGAAUUUUCUUUUUCACAAGAGAAUGAUUGAGCAAGGAAAUGAUCCUCUGUUCACUCGUUGUUCGGAUUCUGAGGCCUUUGGGUAUGCUGCUUUGUUCUGGAACCACAAUGACGAUCAUGAAUCGCAGACACAUAACGGAGGCGAGGAGACUAUGGAUGUGGAUGAGCCCUUGAACGAGAAUGGAGCUGAGCAGAUAGAGGAGGGCAUGACCAUUGGAGAAGAGAGCCUUGAAGACGGUGAUAAUGACGAAAUGCAGUCUGAGAAAGCUGAGGAGACGAUGAAUGUGACUAAUGAGGAUGAGCCAUUGAACGAAAAUGGAGCUGAGCAGACAAAUGAGUGCAGGACCGGUGGAGAUGAGAGUCGUGAAGACGAUGAUGAUGAUGAUGAAAUGCAGAUGGAGAAAGCCGAGGAGCAAGCAGGUAAUGAAAAUGCGGCUGAGAACAGGGAACCACUUCAUGAAGAUGAUGAGAUGCAAGUGGUAAAUGCAGAUGAGCUUGUAAACGAAACUGGGGCUGAGCAGACAACCAAGUGCAGGACUGUUGGAGAAGAGAGUGGUGAAGACGGUGCUGAUGAGUUUUGGGGUGUGAGAGAUGCACUUGAGACUGAGGUGCUGAAAGGAUUAAGUGAUGAUCAGAAGAAGUUUCACCUUGAGAAGAUGAUGAAGAACAUUGCAAGUGGUAAAAGAAAGGAGCUGAGCGAUGAGUGGAAAGAGUUAUGCUCCCAGGAAUCAAGAUUUAACGCCAAGAAGCUUAGGCUUAGGGCUAUGGUUGAAGUGGCUGCAAACGAUGGAUGA